CUCUCUCGUUCCUCCUUUGAUCUUCCCAGCCGCAGCUGCUCUACAUAACAACUCAAAGCCGAUUGCGUCACUCGCGGGCAAGUUAUAGUUAAAGUUUUUUUUCCCCUGAACUAGAGCCUCCAGAGGCAGCAGCAUCCCUUGCUUUAGUCAAUGCAAUAAGGAGAGAGAGAAAGAAAGGAAGGAAAGGGGUGAGAGAGAGAGAGAGAGCAGAGCAGAGCGCCCUAGCAAUGGAACAUCAGCUGCUAUGUUGCGAAGGAGAGGCUAUCAGAAGAGCUUAUAACGAUCCCAAUCUCAUCAAUGAUCGUGUCCUGCAGACUAUGCUCAGAAGCGAAGAGAACAGCCUGCCCUCUCUCAGCUAUUUCAAGUGCGUCCAAAAAGACAUUGCGCCUUCCAUGAGGAAGAUUGUUGCGACUUGGAUGCUGGAGGUUUGCGAGGAGCAGAAAUGCGAGGAAGAGGUGUUUCCGAUGGCCAUGAAUUAUUUGGAUAGAUACCUGUCGAUCGAACUGACCAAGAAGACCCACUUGCAAUUACUGGGAGCUACUUGCAUGUUCCUGGCGUCAAAAAUGAAGGAAACGAUUCCGUUAACAGCGGAAAAAUUGUGCAUUUAUACCGACAACUCUAUCCGGCCCGAGGAAUUACUGCAAAUGGAGCUGCUUGUGCUCAACAAGCUGAAGUGGGAUCUAGCCUCUGUGACCCCCCACGAUUUCAUUGAACACUUCCUCAACAAGCUACCCAUACCCAAGGACAGCAAGCAGAUCAUCCGCAAACAUGCACAGACAUUUGUGGCUCUAUGUGCUACAGAUGUCAAGUUUAUAUCGAACCCACCGUCGAUGAUCGCAGCUGGCAGUUUGGCUGCAGCAGUUCAUGGCCUCCACCUGGGGGAUGGCAACAGCUUUCUUUCCUAUCAGUCUCUCACAGACUUCCUAUCACAAAUCAUCAAGUGUGACCCGUUUCUGUCUGUCUACUCUCUUCACUGUCCUUGUGAUUGUGAAAACUUCUAUCAAAUCUCCUCCUCAGCCGUCUCUUCAACAAAUACUAUUCCAACUUCUUCAAUUGGUUUUCAUCACCUGAUGUUUCUCACCCCUGGAACUAUUCUUGGAAGCCUCUUCAAUGCAUUCACAGCCUUCCUAUAAUGUGGUAUCAGAACUCAGCACAGUAUUCUAGCUGAAGUGUAACAAGUAUUUUACGCAAGUUUGUAUGUUUUGUUAACUGCUCUCUCUACCUGUCCUGCCACUUUCAACUGUCUGUCAACGUACAACAUUAUAAUGGAGAAGCGAUUAUAAUUUUAAUGUGACCCCCCAAGCAGAAAACCCUCCCAGUGCAUCUGGCCUGAGCUAUUUAUAUUUAACAUGAGUAUCAUUAGGUAAAACAGGCAAUCAAAGUCAUCUGUGUUGAUUUCUCUGCUGGGUAGCUUGGCGUGAUUUGGUCCUGGAGUUCCUGCUUAUACAUCGUAACUUUUCAGUAAUUUGCAUUUUAAGUAACAAAGUUUCAAUUGUACAUUUAGUGCCAAAGUGCUAGUAAUGUCAUGGGGUGUACGUUCAUGGUUACUGAAAAUUCUGUGAUCGUAGAAUGGAGAUUUGAUUGGAAUUUGAGAGAAUUUUAACUGGCUAUUUAUAAUGAAAUGUGUGAAAGAGCGCUUACCUUAACUUCCCAAUUCUACUUUAAAUCUGGGAUGCGCUUUAUAGAUGCACACCUAAUUGAAGAAAAAGCUGAGCAUUUAGAGUACUGGUUUUGGCUCUGUCUCCUUAGCAAUGGGUCUAAUUUCCUGUUUUCACUUUGAUCACCAGUAAUUGAAACCCAAAUUAAGUAUAAUUGGGACCCUUGGGCAGUCUUGUACUUCUCAGAAAGAAUGGUUUCGGCCCCAUUGUGUGAGUGCUGUGAAUUUGUUAGGUCUGAUCAAGUUUCCAGCAUUCUAAUUGUUUUUGGCUUAAUCUUUUGAACUACCCACACACCUUUUUUGUAUUCGGCAUCUGUUAUUCUGGGAAGAUUCAAGACCUGAGAACGCUCCAAAACAAAUGUGAUCCUUCAUUUGGCAAUCUGGACACAGCCGUCAGUGCCCCCACCCAACCCACAUCCCACUUAAUGUCCAGUCUUUCCAUCACCGUCCCCCACACCACCCAUUCUAGGAAACGUAAAAAGAUUAUAAAUAAAGGGAGGGAAGCUCUCUUUUUCAGGAUUUUUGAGUCCACUUUAAAUCUCCCAAGGAAUGAAGGACGGCACUGAAUACCACAGUCUAGCAGAGAGAUGUAGGCACUCGUAGCAAGUCUCAUUGUGCUCUGAGUGUGAACCUGUAGCAUUGAUGUGGAGGUAUUGUCUCACGGGAUAUCUUUCUUUUAGCUCUAGGGGUGUCCACCGUCUCCUCACUUAGCUGGGAGUCAGGGGUCUAGCUGAUGAGGGGAGUGGUGGGGACAUCCUCAGUUCAAUUUCUCUCAGAGGAAGUGAUGGUGAGCAAUUGUCAGAAAUGUGAGGGUUUCUGUGACAGUAAACACCAAGCUCAUCAAAAGACUUUCAGAUCAAUGAAUUGAUAAUUUAAAUGAGCAGUUAAUAGAAAUGACCCUCGCAUUACCAAGCAACAAAGUUGAAUAAUAAUGAAGCCUUUUUUGUUGCCUUUUUGAUUAAGAAGCAGAGCUAGUGGGAGAGAGAAAAAGAAUCGGCCCCAGUUCUGGAUUACCAAGGAAUGGAGUGGCAUCUGGAGCUAAGCGAAGGCAUUAGAUUUAACUAACAGUGGGUCACCUCUGGGGGGGCUCACUCUAAUCAGACCUCCCACGAAUUCAUGUGGAAGUAUGUGCUGGAGGUUAGCUGACUUUCAUCGUCUCCUCUCAGUCUCCUUACCCAGUGACAUGGUGGUCCAACCACAGUCCAUAAGAUAUAGGAGCACAGCUAGGCCGGUCAGCCCAUUGAGACUGUUCUGCUCUUCAGUCAUUCUCCUGCCUUCUCCUUGUAACCCUAGAUCCCCUUACUAAUCAAGAGCCUGCCUAGUUUUUGAUUUAACUACACUCAAUGACUUUAUGCAGGCCUGCCAGUAUUUUAAGUUUGUAACAUGCCCCCAAUCCUUCCUCUCUGGGAUCAUUCUUGUAAACUCCUCUGGACCCCUUCCAACGCCAACAUAUCCUCCCUUAGAUAUGGGACACAAUACUGCUUACAGUAUUCCAAAUACAGACUGACCAGGGCUUUACACAGCCUCAGCAAUACAUCCCUGCCCUUGUAUUCCAACCUCCUUGAAAUGAAUGCUAAUAUUGUGUUUGCCUUCCUAAAUGCCAACUGAACCUGUAUGUUCGCCUUAAGAGAAUCCUGAACUAGUACUCCCAAGUCCCUUUGUGUUUCAGGUAUCUAAAGCCUUCCCCGUUUAGAAAAUAAUCUAUGUCUCUAUUCUUCCUUCCAAAGUGCAUGAUCUCACAAUUUCCCACAUUGUAUUGCACCUGCCACUACUUUGCCCACUUCCCUAAGUCAGUCCAAGUUCUUUUGCAGCCUCCCCACUUUCUUAACACGACCCGUCUUCCACCUAUCUUCAUGUCAUCUGCAAUCUUAGCAACAAGUCCCUUAGUUCCUUGGUUCAGAUUGCUAAUGUAUAACUUGAACAGUUGUGGUCCCAACACCAACCCCUUAUGGAAUUCCUUUAGUCAACAGCUGCCAUCCUGAAAAAGACCCCUUUAUCCCUACUAUCUGUGACAGUUCCUUGUCCUUAACACCAUGGGCUGUUAUCUUGUUUAGCAGUCUCCUGUGCAGCACUUUAUCACAGGAUUUCUGGAAAUAUAAAUCGAUCACAUCCACUGGCUCUCCUUUUGUCUUACUUGCAUGUUACCUCAGCCAGACCCCAGUUACCCUCAUCUUCUUAUCCGCCCUCCCCAGGCAGAGAACCACCUCCAGCCCCUCCCCUUGAACAUUCCUAUUCUCAGAAUCCCUGUGAACUGUAUCCAUGUGGUGUGCUACUCUGCCAAUCGCAGGCUGGCUCUCUCCUGCUCAUAGGCUCACCUGUACGCUACGGUACCACACCCGGGAAACUGGCCUCUGAUUGGUGGACUGAUUCCUUGCAAAACCUUCCACUUAGACCCACAAGUUGAAAUUCCAGCCUCAAAUAAAACAUAAAAGAUUCAAAAACAAUAAGCUUGCACUUUUAUUUUCCACGGAUCCUUCCUGUGUAAGGUUGUGUAAUUAUUAAUUAUGGGGACCCUGCAAAUUUAGAAUAAACUUCCCUUUAGUAAAGAGUGGCCAGAUGUAAAGCAGACAUGAGAUGUUUUUGGCGGGGUUGUGUGAGGUUGGGAGGCUGUAAAUCAGGUGUGCACUUCCUAUUUUAGCUUAUUUCAUUCUAGAGUUGGUGAUUUAUCUGUCAUCCGUACACAGCCCCAGUCUUGUGACUUGUUUGAAUAUUGACUGUGGGAGUAGAAGUUAUCCGAGUUAAUCUUCCUCUGCCUGACAUGUGAGAUUUGUCCAAGUCAUUCUUGACUUUUCUCUUCACCAUUCCUUUCCAUUCCAGGACGAGGGUGCCUGAGACUGGCAAUGGCAUCAUUUAUGCCAUUGUGAUUUGAGUUCACAACACAUGAGUUAGAUUUUAGCCACUUCCCACACUCAAACCAUGCCACCUGCCUUGGAGUGCUCACAUGCUUAGAUAGUUGCAAUUUUGCAGCUAUAGACCGUGACAUCUCCUUGUCCAUGUCCUGUUGAUGUUUUAAUGCAAACAGGUGCUGAGAGACUUGAGUGGAGCAGAAAAACUCAGUGAAGAGGUUGGGAUGGCUUGUCUGCUAUAUAUUUUAUUAUUAAACAGACAGGUUUACUCCAUUAGGAAAAUAUUCUUGCAUUCUCUUUGCCGUAUUUUUCUUUCACAGUAUAUCUGGGAUUAGGUUUUGGUGCGUAUGUUCACAAUCAUUGAUCCCUUCAGUGUGGAAAGAGGCCAUUCGGCCCAUUGGUUCUGUACUGACCCCCUGAAGAGGAUCUCACUCUGAUCUAAACCCCUACUGUAUCCCCAUAACUCCACAUUCUUAUGGCUAACCCACCCAGCCUGCAUUUCCCUGGACUCUACAGGGCAGUUGCCUAUGGCCAAUCUAUCUAACCUGCACAUUUUUGUGACAUGUUGCUUCUUUCCUUUUACUUUCAAGGCUGGUACGUGUGAAAACAGAAUUGUAAUGUUUCUGUCAACUGCCCUAGAACCUUGUGAGAAUAUUAACUCAGCAGACCACCUAAUAUGGGGCUGGAGAUCUUGAUCCAUUUCUGUCUCAGUGGCUUCGUGAAGAGCAGCACAGUGGCUCAGUGGGUAGAACUGCUGUCUCACAGGGCCAGGGAAUAAAGUUUGGUUCUAGCCUUGGGCCACUGUCUCUGCAGAGUUUCAGAUUCUCCCUGUGUCUGUGUGGCCUUCCUCCUGCAGCCCAAGACUCUGCAGGUUAGGUGGGUUAGCCAUGUGAAGUCAAUGUGCCAAAUGGCCUGUUUUGAUCCUUUUUUACCUUUCAUUGUAUUGGCCGAACUGCUACCCCAUGCGUGUAGUACAGCUGAUACGGUGAUUAUCCAAGACAGGUUCGGUUGAUCACAACUUUGUUUCCUUUUUGGUGCCUCUAGUCAGUCUAAUUUUGUUUUCUCUGCAUGGGCCUUGGUGAUCUGUGUGUGGCGGUGACUUCCAGAACUGGAAGACAAUGCUGGGAAUUAUCUGAUCACAGUCGUUGUGCAGUUUAGCAGGAGUGCUAGUCAGUGUGGCGCUGGCCUCAUAGGUUUUUUUAAAUUCAUUAACACGAUGAGGAAAUCACUGGCGAGGCAGCAUUUAUUGUCCAUCCCUGAUUGCGUACUGGGCAGUUCAGAGUCAGCCACGUUGCCGUGGGUCCGACGUCACAUAUCGGCCAGACCAAGUAAGGUUGGCAAUUUCCUUCCCUGAAGGACAUUAGGUGAUGAGCGAAAAACCAGCAUGGUGAUAAUUAAAUGAAGAAUUUGGGAGAAAUUUCUUAUUAUCAGAAAUUGGCAAGAAUGUGGAAAUUAAGCAGAUUUUAAGGCAAAUCUCAGUGCAACAUUAGAGAGAAACAACUGUCUAUGUGGGAUUGGAUGAAGAGUGCUGGGAGAGACGUGUGUGGGACAUAAACACAGUUGUGGCUUAAUUUGGCGCAUUUCUGUGCAAUACCAUCUAUGUAAUCCCUACAGGCAAUGAUUUAUUGAAUGAGAGGAUGGAGCUUUCUAAUAGGGUGAACCACACAUGGUUAACUGCACACAAUUGAUAUAUACCUGUGCACUAAGAUAUAGAAUGAGGACAAGAUUGAACUUGAUUAUAAUUAGGUUUUAUUGUCACAUGUACUCCGAUACAGGAGUACAGUAUAAAGUGUACAAAGUCACCAUAUCAAUGCUACCUUGGGUACAAAUGAGCCUAGGUGCAAAAUUUUGGGUAUUCAUAGAAAAAUAAAGUUAAAAGUUCAGCAUUACAGCCCUUCUAAAGCAGAGGGGGGAGAAAAAGUAGAUGGAGCAGUCCGGUCUGUGCCAGCCUCACCUUGAGGCUGGGGACAAGUAGUGGAUAUGACUCAUUUUCUGAUCUUGUUGUCAAUGAAAGUGUACUCCUCUUGAGGCCAAAUCUGGGGAGCUGCUGGCACUAGUGGUUAACUGGAAGGUGAUAUCAAGCAGUGUCUUCAGGGGAAAAGGAGAACGACGGUUUGGAAAAUGCAUUGAAGCCUGAAGAUGUCUAAUUUAGAACAAUGCAUAUGUCCCAGAAACUGUCCACCAUUGUGUUACAUCUCAGCGUUCUCUUCCAUUGGAUCAUCAGUAGCGCAACGAUUGUCCACCAUUUGAAGAAAGGAGCCCAGAGUAGCACAGACACAGGCACUUUAUAAGCUCCUUUCAGCUGGUAAUGUGUUCUUCCCGCAGGAGGGUUGGACCCUGAAUUCCUGCCUCCAGGAACUAAGUGUAUGAGUUCUUGUCUGAUGCAUUGUUGUUCUUGACAAUGUUAGACCAGUGCCCUUGCUCCCCUCAUCAAAUGGUUCCAAGUCAAUGGGGAAGAUCCCAUGACACUUGUGGAAAAUAAAUUAUAUUCCUCUAACCUGGUAUUCAUCCCUGAGCCAAUGUCACCUAAAACCAAUUAACUGGCCAGUCAACUUGACAGCAGUUUGUGGAAUUAUUGUGCUGAGUGGAGCAAAGCUGACUUAUUGCCUGUAUUUCAGAAAUAAUACUUUGUGAAGUGCUUUUUGAGUUGUGCAAGACUUUGCAAAAAAAUCAAAUGAUUGAGGGGAGAGGAUAAAAGCAAUGGUUAAUGUUUUCCUUUUUCUGACUCUUGCCUGUCCUUCACCUCCCGUCCCAUCAUCCACACCCUCCCACUAAUGCCCCGACCCCAUGGUUAGUUUGUUGUCGAGCGUCCGUUGUUUUAGUUCAUUUACCAUUAUUUCGCAAAUGUCCAGAAGGUGCAUUGUAGUUCUUUCAAACAGAAUCCGAGGUUAUUUUGAACAAAUUGGUGCUGAACGUACCAAAUGUCAUAGGUCCUAGGUGUAAUCGCUUAGCUGCUUCACAGAACUGUUUGAUGUUGGACUCUAGGUCAUUCUAUGUGUAGUUGUCAGGAGAUACCAUCAGCAGUGUUAGGGAAAUGGUGAGGAAGUUAAUAGACAGGCAUUCUUUUGUCACUCUGACUAAAUAAGCUCUGGGAAAGGUUUAAAGGAAUAACUGUGAGGUGACCUCUGUCCUUUUUAAGGCUGUAGUCCCUGACACAACAUGAUUAAUGAUGACGUGUCUGUCCUGGCAGUAAAACCACACUGAUACUGAAGUAAGUAUGAUUUGAUUUGCACUGAUCACAUUAAUCUUGUCAGGAAUAGUGUCAACCUUGACUUUUAAUGUGGUACAUGAUUAUAGAAAGAUUUGUGGUUGGAAAUAAUUUAAUUUGACUCUUACUGCAAAAUUAAUUCGCAAUUUACAAAAUUCUCAAGUUGCCUUUGUUUGGUGCUUUUGGGGUAAAGUCAGGAGAACAAAAUUGCACAUUAAGCAUUCUAGCUGAAGGGUGUACCAAGAGAAAAUGACACUGCUACACAAUUUUUUUUCCAAAAAUGUCAUUGGUUUUCAGUCAUGCAGAUCAUAACAGGAGGCACUAAUUUAUCAUUUAAAGAGUGCUUUGACUGCAGGGAUUGACAGGCCAGAGGUCAAAGAAAAUGAGAGGCAAAGGUCAUAUCAUGAUAAGCCUGCCCAAAAAAAUGCUAAGCCAGAAAGAUUGAUGAUUUUUCAAACAGAGGAGCAAACAUUUCUGUUUUCAUGUGAUCUCUGGACAGCACUCUGCUCAAAAAUCACAAUGUCUUCCCCUCAAUACUGAUUGUUAUACCAGAAGCAGUCUGCAACAUUAAAUGCAGCAGAGAAGAUAAUCACUUGCAUAUAUUUAUUCCACUGCGUGUGGAGGAUUCCUGUUGCCUAUUGACCAAAAUGUAGCUAUUUUGACAGCAGAAGUAUUAAUUUGCAAGAUGGAAUUCAUUCCUGCAACUUUGAGGUCUUUUGACCUUCUCCAAUUGUCUUCACACUCUAAUUGUCCCUGUCUAUGAGUGGACCUUAAACCUCUGUGCUCAGCAGUGACUUGUGGAAGUUGAGUACUGGGUCUGGGCGGACUGUCUUAAGAGGAGAGGUUGAGUAGUUUGGGAUUGUACUCAUUAGAGUUUUAGAAGAACAAGAGGCGACCUUAUUCAGAAGUCUUAGGGGACAUGACAGUGUAGAUGAGUAAAGGUUAUUUUGCCAUUUAUGGGAGAGUCUAGUACCAGAGAUCAUAACGUCAGAGUAAGAGGUCACCUAUUUAAGACAGCGAUGAGGAAGAAUGUUAUCUCUCAGAAUCUGCAAAUUUAUUGCAGAGGAUUGUCAUGGUGGGAUCAUUAAGUAUAUUCAAGGCUGAGAGUUUUAAGGGAAUCAGAAUUAUGGGGAAAGGGCAGGAAGGUGGAGUUGAGGCUUAUCAGAUCAGACAUGAUCUCAUUGAAUGGUGGCGCAGGCUUGAUGGGCUGAAUGGCUUACUUCUGCCCCCACAUCUUAUGGUUUAAUGUGUCCAAGGCCUGAGUAUCUUCAAGUGCUUCAUCAAUGGCCUUCCCUCCAUCAUGAGACCAAUAUGUCAGACAAAAGUGCUGGAGAUCCCAGCAGGUCAGGCAGCAUCCGUGGAGAGAAAGCAAGCUAAUGUUUUCAGCUUAGAUGUUUCCAUGGAUGCUGUCAGACCUGCUGCAAUUUCCAGCAUUUUUUUGUUUUCAGUACAGAUUCCAGCAUCUGCAGUAGUUUGCUCCUACACUGUUGGAGUGCCAGCUGGUGUGUGUAGACCCAUUAAGCAGCUAUGCAAAUUAGUGAGGGGCUCCCAUAGUGUGGUAGUGUUCCUACAACUGGCCCAGAAUAUCCAGAAUCAACUUGCACCUUCCUCAGAGGUGCAUCCACUUCUGCGCAUCCCCAGUUGUUCAUCGUUCCGAAUCUGACGGCUCCCUGAGCCCUAUUUCUUGAAUUUCUUGCUAAAGCACUCUUCUGUUUCUUCCUGUUUGUAAUGUACUCCUUAAAGGUUUUCAUAUACCCCUUAAAGCUGUCACCUUUACUCAGGCUUCUGAAUGUGGUUCAAUAUGAAAUGCUGUUUUUGCUAAUGAGAUGUGUUUCUGUGUUAAAACCUCAACAGUUCUUAAAUUUCCUCUCUUUUUCCCAUUCCCCUUCCUG